AUCGAAUUAUUUCGAUAUAUUACAAAGAUCUCGAAAUUGUAAUCGAUUGUAUUUAUAUAACGGAAAUGACUUCGCUGUUUCGAUUCGUAUGAUCAAAAAGUAAAAUGGGACAAAAUCAAUCUGGUACUGGUGGUACUGGAGGUGACAAAAAGGAUGAUAAGGAUAAAAAAAAGAAAUAUGAACCACCUAUUCCAACAAGAGUGGGUAAAAAGAAAAGACGUACAAAAGGACCAGAUGCUGCUUUAAAAUUACCACAAGUUACACCACAUACACGUUGCAGAUUAAAACUUUUAAAGUUAGAACGUAUAAAAGAUUAUUUAUUAAUGGAAGAGGAAUUUAUUAGAAAUCAAGAAAGAUUAAAACCACAAGAAGAGAAAAAUGAAGAAGAAAGAUCUAAAGUUGAUGAUUUACGUGGAACUCCAAUGUCUGUCGGGACAUUAGAAGAAAUAAUUGAUGAUAAUCAUGCAAUAGUAUCUACAUCUGUUGGUUCUGAACAUUAUGUAUCAAUUUUAUCAUUUGUGGAUAAGGAUCAGUUAGAACCUGGAUGUUCAGUUUUAUUAAAUCAUAAAGUUCAUGCUGUUGUUGGAGUUUUAGGAGAUGAUACAGAUCCUAUGGUUACAGUAAUGAAGUUGGAGAAAGCUCCACAAGAAACUUAUGCAGAUAUUGGUGGACUUGAUACACAAAUUCAAGAAAUUAAGGAAUCUGUAGAAUUACCUUUAACACAUCCAGAAUAUUAUGAAGAAAUGGGUAUUAAACCUCCAAAAGGAGUUAUACUUUACGGUCCUCCAGGAACUGGAAAAACAUUGUUGGCAAAAGCUGUUGCUAAUCAAACUUCAGCAACUUUUUUAAGAGUUGUUGGUUCUGAACUUAUACAAAAAUAUUUAGGAGAUGGUCCUAAACUUGUUAGAGAACUAUUUAGAGUUGCAGAAGAACAUGCUCCUUCAAUUGUAUUUAUAGAUGAAAUAGAUGCUGUAGGUACCAAACGAUAUGAUAGCAAUAGUGGAGGUGAACGUGAAAUUCAAAGAACUAUGUUAGAACUUCUCAAUCAACUUGAUGGUUUUGAUAGUCGAGGAGACGUUAAAGUGGUAAUGGCUACAAAUAGAAUUGAAACUUUAGAUCCAGCAUUAAUUAGACCAGGUCGAAUUGAUAGAAAAAUAGAAUUUCCAUUGCCCGAUGAAAAAACAAAACGAAGAAUAUUCAGCAUUCAUACUAGUAGAAUGACUUUAGCACCUGAUGUAAAUUUAGCAGAAUUAAUUAUGGCUAAAGAUGAUCUUUCAGGUGCAGAUAUAAAGGCUAUAUGUACUGAAGCUGGUUUAAUGGCAUUACGUGAACGCCGUAUGAAAGUUACUAGCGAUGAUUUUAAAAAAUCUAAAGAAAGUGUUUUGUAUCGGAAAAAGGAAGGAUCUCCUGAAGGAUUAUAUUUAUAAAAAUAUUAUAAUUAAUGUUUUUUAUUUAUGAUUUAAACUUGAUGCUUUACAUGCUAAUAAAAAAUACAAAUAACUUUA